AUGUUACUCCUAUUUAUUGUAUUGAUUUAUUUACCUGGAACUGAUGGAAUAAAUGGUUGUACACUUGAUCGACCAUUAUUAGGAGAAUAUUAUUCUUAUGAAAAUGGCCUUGAAACUCAUUCAUCAUUUAAGGAAAGUGGAGAUAUUGAACGACGUUUUUAUCGAAGAGAAUCAGGUGCUGGUGCAACAAGAAAAGAUACUGGUGGUCUUUUAGUUAAUGAAGACGUUGGAGAAUGUUUUCAAUUAACUCUUAAACAAAAUUAUUAUGAACUGAUUUAUAGAGACAAAUCUCAAUCUUGUUUUCAAUGUUAUCAAAUGUUUAAUCGAACAAAAAAUGUUCUUCAAAUGAGAAAAAGUUCCUGCGGUGAAACAACAUCUUUAGUUUCAAAUCAAAUGAAUUUUAAUGAAUUAUGUCGAUCAAUUGAUGAUCAAAGUGAAUUUAUUACACUUUUUUCAAAAACUUAUUCUGCGGAAGAAUGUCGUCGAACAAUCUAUGGAACAUUUCAUUUUACAUAUGAAUUUCGUGAAGGUGGAAUUGGUAUUUGUGAUAAUCCAUCAUCACGUUUAAUAUCGUGUCCAGAUCCAGGUACACCAUUUGAAGCUGUUAAUGAACGUUUUCGUAUGAGAUAUGGUUAUUGUAAAUAUUUAACAUCAUCAUUUGAUGCUGAUCAAUUAAAUCAAUGUCUUGGCUCUUGGUUAACACCUGAUGGAAAUAUUAUAACUGCUAUUGCUAAUGAACGUGUUGGAUCGGAACGUUGGUAUGAUAAAUUUCGUUGUAUGUUAACAAGACAAGAUCAACCACAAUGGUUUGCCAAAUCUUUAUUUGCUGAAUGUUCAUCAUUAUCAAGUCCAACUGAUGGACCAGAGAAAGUUAUUAUUACACCUGUUAUUCCGGAAGAGCCCAUCGCAUCUUGUUUCUUUCCAAGUAAUUUAACUGGUCAAUGGCUAAAUACAGCUAAUGUAAAUGCUCGUGUAUUAAUAAAUGCAACACAUAUACAUGAAAUAGCCAAAGUUAAUAAUCGUGGUUGGUUAAGAGAAACAUAUUAUGUCUGUCAACAAACUUCUCGUAGUCAAUAUUUAGUUAAAGCUGUUACAAAAGGAGAAUGUUUCUCAUAUUAUAUUUGCUUCGAUUUCAAAGAUCGUCAUCAUAAUAUUUUAAGAUAUAGAAAAUCAAAAUCAUUUAUGGCAAAUUUAUAUAAAUUAUUUCCAAAUCGUGAUCCAUUUUAUGAAGUUUGUUCAUGGACUAGUUUUGGAAAUGAUGCUAAUUGGAAAUAUCAACUAUUUGUAUUGGAUCCGCCAGCACCAAUUGAAUGUCCAUUUACCGGUAUGUGGACAUUUAAACAAGUUGGACAACCAAACUCUUUAAUUCAAACACGUAUUCGUGGUGGUGUAACCCCACGACCACGUGAUCAUGGGUGGUAUAUAACUUGUGAUCCACAAUAUAUGGUAUCACAAUGGUCAAUAUGUGGUGAUCAAACAAAAUCAAUGUUUGCAGAUCGUGAAUAUUGUCGACAAUUAGAUCCAUAUGGCACACCCAUUGGUGUUUAUGAACAACCAGAUUAUAUUUAUCAAUGUGCUGGAUAUUGGAGAGAAGAUUCCCGAUCAAUGAUGGUGACAUAUGAUCGUGAUGAUCCAUAUAUAAAUUAUAAAUGUUGGGUUUAUGAAAGAAGAGAUUUGACAACAAUAACAUUAUCAAGAUCAGCUGGUUCAGCUUGUGGUUUUAAUCAAACAUCUGAAAGUUAUAAACCAGAAGAUGGUGCUGAUCUUGCUGUGACACUUAUUGAAGCAGAGCGUAUUCAUGAUGAUUGUCCAAUUCGUUAUGAUGAUGGUCGAAAUGUAUUUGUUGAUUUAGAAGAAUUUAAUUUUUAUUAUGCCAAAUCAUCAAAAUGUGCAAUUGAUAAAAUUAUGGUUAUAAUGUUAAUGAUAAGACCAUUAAUAUUAUUAUUUCUAAUAUUAAUCAAUGAAAAAGUAAAAAGUCAACUUCGAUGUACAUUUGAUCGUCCAUUAUUAGGAGAAUAUUAUUCAUAUGAAAAUGGUCUUGAAACUCAUACAUCAUUAAAAGAAAAUGGUGAUAUAGAUAGACUUUUUUAUCGUCGUCAAUCAGGUCUUGGUGCUACUGCAAGUAUUAUAACAAUUCUUGAUAAUCAUGCACUUGGAGAAUGUUUUCGUCUUGAAUGGAGAGAAAAUCCUUUUGAUCAUGCUUCAAAACAUCAUUAUGAACUUAUUUAUCGAGAUAAAGAAAAAUCAUGUUAUCAAUGUUAUCAAUUGUAUAAUCGAACACGAAAUAUUGUUCAAAUACGAAAAAGUGAAUGUAAUGAAAUAACUUCCAUUGUAACAAAUCAAAUGAAUUUUCAAGAUCUUUGUGCAAGUAUUAGUUUAGAUGCUGAUUUUGAUACAUUAUUUUCAAAAACUUAUUCUGCUGAAGAAUGUCGUGCAACUAUUUAUGGAACAUUUCAUUUUACAUAUGAAUUUCGUGAAGGUGGUAUUGGAAUAUGUGAUAAUCCAAUUUCACGUUUAGUUUCUUGUCCUGAUCCUGGUACACCAUUUGAAGCUGUUAAUGAACGAUUUUGGAUGACAUAUGGUUAUUGUCGUGAUCUUGUUUCAUCUAUAGAUGCUCAACCACUUUAUCAAUGUUUGGGUUAUUGGAUAAAUGAUAAAGGUGAUAUAUUUACUGGAAUAGCAAAUGAACGUGUUGGAUCAGAACGUUGGUAUGAUAAAUUUCGUUGUAUGUUAACAAGACAAGAUCAACCACAAUGGUUUGCCAAAUCUUUAUUUGCGGAAUGUUCACGAUUAUAUUCUCCAACUGAUGGACCGGAAAAAGUUAUUAUUACACCAAUUAUUCCUGAAGUUCCAACACCAACUUGUUUUUUUCCCGAUAAUUUUACAGGAGAAUGGGUUAAUACAGCUAAUGUUAAUGCAAGAACAAUAAUUAAUGCAACACAUAUACAUGAAAUAUCUCAAGUUAAUAAUCGUGGUUGGUUAAGAGAAACAUAUUAUGUUUGUCAACAAAUAAGUCGACAACAAUUUUUAGUUAAAACAGUUACAAAAGGAGAAUGUUUUUCAUAUUAUAUUUGUUUCGAUUUCAAAGAUCGUCAUCAUAAUAUAUUAAGAUAUAGAAAAUCAAAAUCAUUUAUGUCAAAUGUUUAUGAUGAUUUAUCAAAACGUGAUCCACUCUAUGAAGUUUGUUCAUGGACAAGUUUUGGAAAUGAUGCCAAUUGGAAAUAUCAAGUUUUUGUCUUAGAUCCACCAGCCCCUGUUGAAUGUCCAUUUACCGGUAUGUGGACAUUUAAACAAGUUGGACAACCAAACUCUUUAAUUCAAACACGUAUUCGUGGUGGUGUAACCCCACGACCACGUGAUCAUGGGUGGUAUAUAACUUGUGAUCCUCAAUAUAUGGUUUCGCAAUGGACUAUUUGUGGUGAUCAAACGAAAGCUAUGUUUGCUGAUCGUGAAUAUUGUCGACAGCUGGAUCCAUAUGGAACACCCAUUGGCGUAUAUGAACAACCAGAUUAUAUUUAUCAAUGUGCUGGUUAUUGGAGAGAAGAUUCUCGAUCAUAUUUAAUAACCUAUGAUCGUGAUGAUCCAUAUAUAAACUUUAAAUGUUGGGUUUAUGAACGAAUGGAUUUAUUUAAAAUUUAUUUAUCAAGAUCAGCUGGAUCAUUUUGUGGUUUUAAUCAAACAUCUCAAAGUUAUAGUGCAGAAGAUGGUGCUGAUCUUAAAAUUGAACUUGAUGAAGCAGAGCGUAUUCAUGAUGAUUGUCCAAUUCGUUAUGAUGAUGGUCGAAAUCCAUGGCAAGUUGUUGAUGAAUUUUUAUUUUAUUAUGCAUCAUCAACAAUAAUUAUUCCGUCCUUUUUUCUUAAUCUAUUUCUCAUUUUGUUGAUUCUCAAUAUAUAA